CUGGUGGAAGAGAGCGGCUCCUUCUUGGUUCACACACUGGCUGCCCGGCACAGAAGAUUUGAUGAGGUUUUUCGGGAGAUGCUCUCAUCAGCUGAGCACUCCCUGUCCCUGCUCUUCCACCGCUCCUUCGGCCGCCUGUAUGCCCAGCACACCCCCUUGUUCAGUGGCCUGUUCUCUCGGCUACGGGACUACUAUGAGAGGUCCGGUGAGGGGUUAGAUGAUGCCUUGGUGGAUUUCUGGGCGCAGCUCCUGGAGAAAAUGUUCCCCCUGCUGCACCCACAGUACAUCUUCUCCCCUGACUACCUGUUCUGCCUCACGCGCCUGGCGUCUUCUGCUGAUGACUCUCUGAAGCCUUUUGGGGACUCCCCCCGCCGCCUCCGCCUGCAGAUAACCCGGGCCCUGGUGGCUGCCCGGGCCUUUAUCCAGGGCCUGGAGACCGGAAGAGAUGUGGUCAGCGAAACGCUUAAGAUGCCGCUGUCCGAAGGCUGCAAGCGGGCUGUGAUGCGUCUGACAGGCUGCCCCCUUUGUCGGGGGGUCCCCUCGCUGCCACCCUGCCGGGGCUUCUGCCUCAACGUGGCCCACGGCUGUAUCGGCAGCCAGGGACUGGAUCCUGACUGGGGGGCCUAUCUGGAUGGUCUCCUGUUCCUGGCCGAGAAGAUCCAGGGCCCCUUUUCCUUUGAGCUAGCAGCACAGUCCAUCGGGGUGAAGAUCGCGGAGGGUUUGAUGCAUCUGCAGGAAAACAGCGUGGGGCUGUCAGCCCAGGUGUUCCAGGAAUGCGGGAGCCCCCAACCGGCGCCGGCCCGCGCCCGCCGUGCCCCAGCCCCCCGGGAGGAGGUGGGCCGGCUCUGGUCGGCGGCGGCGGCGGAGGAGGAGCGGCCCACGACGGCUGCGGGCGCCAGCCUGCCCCGGCUGGUGUGGGAGCUCCGCGAGCGGCUGGGCCGGGUGAGGGGCUUCUGGGCCGGGCUGCCCCUGACAGUGUGCGGGGACCCCCGCGUGGCUGCGGACCUCUCCCAGGAGGCGGCGCCCUGCUGGACCGGAGCUGGGCGGGGCCGGUACUUGUCGCCCGUGGUCGGGGGUCCCCAGGCCGGGCAGAUCGACAACCCAGAGCUGGAUGCGGAAGCCUCGAGCCCCGACCUCCAGACGCGGAGGCGGCGGUUGCAGCUCCGGGCGGCCACGACCAGGAUGAAGGCGGCCGCCCUGGGACGCGACCUGGAGCUGGAGGACUGGGGUGAGGCCCCGGGCCGCCGCGAGGGCCUCGCUCCGCCCGGCUUUCCGCGAUUGGACCCGGGCCAACCCGUAGCCCCGCCCCCCUGCUUUCUGUAGUCCCUCCCCUGGCGUCUCUCCGUUACCAUCCAUUCAUUGACUCACACGUUUUACACGCACGUAUUGAGCGCUUUACUCAAAGGUAGUGGGUAGAGCACCAAUGACAGGGUCUCUAUCCUUGAGUUCAUGGUUCCCUGGGGGAGACACCAAGACACUCCGACAGAACGGUGGGAAGCUCCUAAGAGUGGGCAAUGGGUUGGAGGAGACUGGGGAGGGCGGGCAAUCCCGGGAGGUGGGGAAGUGGGGUGCGGGCGCCAUGGGGCUGGCUCCCCAAAGUAGAAUUUGCCAGGGAAGCAAGGCACUGACAUCCAUUUUUUUCCUCUCUCCCACUGUCUGUCUCUGUCUCUCUUUGUCUCUCCUCCCCCCCUUCCCGUCUGCUCGCUGCUUCUGUGUAUGUCUGUUUUCUCUGUCUUUUCCUGUUUAUCCUCUCUCCCCAUCUGUCUCUCUUUUUUGUCUGUCUCGUUGUCUCUUCCUGUCUCUCGUUGCCUUCUCUCAUUCUCAUGUGUCUGAUCUCUCUCCUCACCUUCCUGUCAUUCGCCUUCUCCCUCGUCUCACCCUGCCUGCUCCUCCACCCCUCCACCUGUCACUGUUUUUAUCUCGAGUUCUCCUUCUCGCUGCCUGUGGCUCUUUCUCUCUCCCUGUCUCCCGCUACCUCUCGUUCCCACCCCUGUCUGUUUCCGGUCCUCCCCCUCCCUGCAGAGGACGCUAGCGGCUCUGGACAGGGACAGCACUAUGCGGAUGACUGGAUGGCUGGGGCAGCAGCUGUGGCCCCCCCGGCCCGGCCUCCUCGCC